AUGGUGUCCCGAGUCCGUCUCGCUCUUUGCGCGUGCGUCGCGCUCGCCGCCGCCGCCAUCGCGCGCGCCGUGGACACGCACGUCUUUUACUACAACGACGUCACGCGCGAGUCCCGCUGGGACGACCCGGAAAGUUUGGCGACGCACCUGGAUGACACCGGUCGACCGUAUUGGGUCGAUGCCGACACCGGGGAAUCGACGUACGACAGCCCGAAACACAGCGCGUGGCACGCGGUGGUGAGCGAGGACGACGCGAGCGCGGGACGGGUGUAUUACAUUCACAAGGAGACGCAGGAGACGACGUGGGAGAAGCCCGAAGAGCUCGCGUGGCGCAGAAUCGAACAGGAAGUCGACGCACACGACAAGUGGCAGCGGGAGCAGGCGCAAGGCGAGAAAGACGUGGGCGAAGACGUCGAGAUCGACGGAGAUACCAUCGACGUCGGUGAGGACGAAAUCGAAGGCUAG